UCUCUAUAUCCUCCUGUGAUUUGAAAAAAUGGCUCGUACCAAACAGACUGCUCGUAAGUCGACUGGUGGAAAGGCUCCACGUAAGCAGUUGGCCACCAAGGCUGCUCGUAAGAGUGCCCCGGCUACCGGUGGAGUGAAGAAACCUCAUCGCUACAGACCUGGAACUGUCGCUCUUCGUGAAAUCCGAAGAUACCAAAAGAGCACCGAACUGCUGAUCAGAAAAUUACCAUUCCAACGUCUGGUUCGUGAAAUCGCUCAAGAUUUCAAGACCGAUCUGAGAUUCCAGAGCUCCGCUGUCAUGGCUUUGCAAGAAGCUAGCGAAGCUUAUCUCGUUGGUCUUUUCGAAGAUACCAACCUGUGCGCAAUCCAUGCUAAACGUGUUACCAUUAUGCCAAAAGACAUUCAGUUGGCCCGCCGUAUUCGAGGAGAGAGAGCCUAAAUAGCUUAUCUUUUCUUUUUCUAUAAACAAUCGGCCCUUUUUAGGGCCAAAA